AUGAGUAAGUUUUUUGUAAGACGGAUUGAACAUCCAUACGGCAUACUGAUCUUCACUUCCCGAUUGAUUUUACUUUUUGUUUUUUUUUUCUUGUUCAAGUUCGUAUUAGGUCUCACCAGAUUUUUUUUAUAUUUCAGUUAUAAAUUGAUUCGAAUUUAUCCGGAUAAUGACGAUUCACUCCAAUAUCUGAACGCACUCUAUGAAGGAUCUUCUCCAUAUGAACUGGAUUUCUGGCAGCCUCCAACCCACAUAGGGGCAAUAGUUGACGUGACAGUGGCACCAUCGGAUGCGGCGAUUUUCGUGCACGAUCUGGAAACGAAACGACUCCAUUAUGUGGUGGCCGUGAAUGAUUUAGAAAGGGCAAUAGAAAACGAGAGAUCCCCACCUGCUUUCUAUCACCCAGAAGCCGGUGGCUAUUCAUAUGACAGAUACAACUCUCUGGAAGAUAUCCAUGAUGAAAUGAUUAGGCUAAGAAAGGAGAAACCUGAUAUGAUAUCACUGAUCGAUAUCGGAGAAUCACAUGAGAAUCGAUCACUUUUAGUGAUCAAGAUUUCUGGCCAUAGAUCUGCUAUCGGAAAGAAGGUAUCAAUGUGGAUUGAUGGUGGAAUACAUGCAAGGGAAUGGAUUGCUCCAGCUACUGCCAUGUAUAUCGUUCGUGAACUUGUGAACGGCUACGAUUCCGAUCCGUCGAUUCAGAAGAUACUUGAUCAUGUUGACUUCUACAUUUUACCUGUAAUGAAUCCCGAUGGAUAUGAGUAUUCGCGUCUCAAGAAUCGUAUGUGGAGGAAAAAUCGUCGUCCGGCUACCUGCAAACGCCAACACUUCCAUACAAUUUGCUGUGUUGGUGUUGAUCUCAACAGAAACUUUGAUUGGUUCUGGUCAUCUUCUGGUUCAUCUAUGGAUCCAUGUCACGAAACAUAUCAUGGUCCAAGUGCAUUUUCAGAACCGGAAACCAUAGCUGUCAGAGAUUAUCUUGAAGCAAACAAGCCCGAAGCAUUCAUCACUUUACAUUCGUACUCUCAAAUGUGGCUAAUUCCAUUUGGUCAUCGCAAAAGGAGCUAUCCUCAGGACUACUAUACAGCUCUUCGGCCACUGGCAGAAAAAGCCACAAAAGCCCUGUAUGAUUUGUACGGCACUAAAUACAAGAUUGGAACCGGUGCCGAUAUAAUGUACGAGGCAUCUGGAGGAUCGCAUGAUUGGGCCAAGGGUUCGUUGAAAGUGAGCUACGCCUACCUAAUUGAGCUGAGGCCGCAGAAUACUGCAAUAGGUUACGGUUUCCUUCUUCCUGAACGUGAAAUUCCGGCCACAGGACUAGAAACGUUUGCUGCUAUACGAGUGGUUGCCGAAGAGAUGGUGGCACAGUUCGUGGAGCCAGAAAUCAUACGACGAGUCAAACCUACUGCUCCACCGCUACCGAAACGUCGUGGUUACAAAAUCAUUGAUACCACACCACACGACAGAAAUGGAGAGACCAGUGCUACCCUAGGUUUGGAUAUUCGUAUAAAAGCACUUUGUUUAACUGUUUCAGAAACAACACCGAGUCCUUCAGAGGCCACUACUGCAGACACUGCAAUGCCGACUCCCGGUCCAGAGCCAGUAACCCAGACUACCACUACUACUACAGCCCCUACAACCACCACCACCACCCCUACUACCACCACCACCUACCCUACUACUACCACUACUACCACAACCACUACAGAGCUUACAACUAAAACAAAAAAUACCCAAGUGUCAGUGAAAAUAUGUAUUGAUUACGGUAGUUAUUGCCGUCUUUGGAGUAUAUUGACGCUGUGUGAUAGGCCAUCAGUGAUGUCGAUGUGCGCAAAAUCGUGUCAAAAGUCAUGUCGACCAUAA